AUGGAAAAAAAAUGGCAUGGUGGAAUUCAUGGAGUUUAUAAUCCAUCAACAAGUAUUAUCGGAUGGAAAUCAGCAUUUCAUUCUGGAGUUGGUGGUGUAUAUAAUCCUUUAACAAGACAAGUCGAAUGGAAAAGAUGCUUUCAUGGCAGUGUUGUCGGAUAUUUUGAUUAUAACACACAAUGUGUUAAAUGGACAGAAAAAUGGCAUCAUGGUAUUGCUCUUAUUUCUUGGAAUCCAAAUGCGAAGACUUAUUUGACAACUGCUAGUUGUGGUUGGUACGAUGAUGAUUGA